AUGAAGUCUAUCAGUUUGAUGUUGGCGUUGGCCUCCAUCGCCAGCCUCAGUGCAGCGACCCCAACGCCAACCGAGCAGCAGCAGCCGAACAAGAGGGCUGACCUCCCUGCUGUCACAGUCUCCGGAAAUGCCUUCUGGAAGGGCAAGGAGCGCUUCUAUAUCAGAGGAAUCGAUUACCAGCCCGGAGGAUCGUCCGGCAUGAUAGAUCCCCUAGCCGAUACCGACAUGUGCAAGCGCGACGUUGCCGAAUUCAAGAAGCUGGGAGUCAACACUAUUCGUGUCUACAUGGUGGACAACUCCAAGAAGCACGACGAGUGCAUGAAGCUCUUGGCCGAUGCUGGGAUCUAUGUCGUUAUCGACGCGAACAGUCCCCUUUACUCGCUCAACCGCUUCGACCCCCACCAGUCGUACAAUGACAAGUACCUCCAGAGCGUUUUCGCCACGAUCGACGCUUUUGCCGAGUACGACAAUACCCUUGCCUUCUUCUCGGGCAACGAGGUCAUCAACGAUGUGGUCAACAGCACUCUGGCAGCCAAAUAUGUCAAGGCCACCACUCGUGAUAUGCGCCAGUAUAUCGGCAACCGUGGUUACAGGAAGAUUCCUGUUGGAUACUCGGCUGCCGAUGUCUCCCAGAACCGCAUGCAGCUCGCCAACUACAUGAACUGCGGAACUGAUGACGAGAGAAGCGACUUCUUCGCCUUUAACGAUUAUUCCUGGUGCAGCUCGAACUUUGAGGACGCCGGCUGGGACCAGAAGGUGAAGAACUUCACUGGUUACGGCCUUCCCAUUUUCCUUUCUGAAUAUGGUUGCAUCACGAACACCCGCGACUUUGGCGAGAUGGAGGCUCUCAUGAGCGAUAAGAUGACUGGCGUCUACUCGGGAGGUCUCAUGUACGAGUACGCCUUGGAGGAGAACGGAUACGGGAUUGCCAAGCUCGGACCUGGAAGCAAGGUUGAGGAGAAGCCCGAAUUCGCCAACUUCGCAAAGGCCAUGAGCAAGUAUCCGGCGCCUACUGGUGAUGGCGGCUUCAGCAAGACUACCAAGGCCGCUGCCUGCCCUACCAAGGACUCCAACUGGCUGGUUGACUCUACCAAGCUGCCUGCUAUGCCCGAGGGUGCCAAGAAGUUCAUGAAGGACGGCGCUGGCACUGGCCCCGGUCUCAAGGGCGAGGGCUCUCAGCAGGCCCAGGGCACUAGCACUGGCGAUGCGGAACCGGGCUCUGGAUCUUCUACCAACACUGCUUCUCCUUCCAGCAGCGAGAGCGAUAGUGCCGCAGGCACCCGCAGUAUCGGUCCCGUUGACAAAGCUCCUUUCGUUGUCACCGCACUGGCCAUGCUCUUCACCUUCACCGGUGCCCUUCUUGUCUAA